AGCUGCGUUUUGCGUCACGGCUGCAGCAAGAUGGCGCGCUUUCCAAGCGCAUCGUUCGUGGAAGAGAGUGAGGUUAAGCGCGUGAGCGUUUUUGAUUGACUAGAAUAAUUUCCUUGCCUCGUCGCACAAUGGAGAGAUACUCGCGCGACGGUGAUCGCAAAUCGAGGAGGAAGGAAUACGACGACGAUCACGGACGUAAGGAUCGAACGUCGCGAAGGGAUCGCGAUCACGUGGAAUCCAGGAGAUCGAAGUCGGGGCACAAACGUUCGGAAAAGUCCAACGAGAGGUAUAAGAAAUCAAAGGACGAAGAUUCUCGGUCGCGUCGCGAAUCGCGGAAGAAAUCUUCCAAGCAUAAAAGUCGAAAGAGGGACUCGUCUUCAUCGUCAUCCUUGUCCUCGUCGUCUUCAUCGUCCGAUUCGAGUAAACUUAGCAACGGCUCGUCUACAGAUUCAUCUUCGAAUUCCACAAAAUUGUUAGAGAAACUGCAAAAACAACGACAGAAGCAGAUUGAAGAACGUAAACGUCAAAAAGAAUUGAUGAAAGCGACAGAAACACCAGAAGAGAAGCGCCUACGUCGUCUAAAAAAGAAGGAAGCCAAGGAACGCAGACGUAAGGAGAGAAUGGGCUGGGACAAUGAUUAUUUACAUUACACGAAUACGGAUAAUCCAUUUGGGGAUGGCAAUAUUCUCUCCACCUUCGUGUGGUCGAAAAAAUUGGGGAAAGAGGGUUUACUUGGUGUCGGUAGAGAAGAAUUAGAAAUGCAUAAUAGAUACAAACAGGAGGAGAAUAAGAGAGAGUUGGAGAAGGUCAAAAAGAGGAGACAGGAGAGAGAAUUAGAGCGACAACAGAGGGAGGAAGAAAUGACUAUGUUGCAGAGGGGCAAGGAAGCUGCUCAAUUAGAGCAAUGGGCUCGGCAGGAAGAUCAAUUUCACCUUGAGCAGGCUAGAUUGAGAUCUCGCAUUAGAAUUCAGGACGGUCGUGCAAAACCUAUCGAUCUUCUUGCAAAGUACAUCAGCGCGGAGGAGGAGGUCGAUGCAGUAGAAAUGCAUGAGCCAUACACAUACUUACGAGGUUUGCAAGUGAAAGAUCUGGAGGAUCUCAUAGAGGACAUAAAGGUUUACAAGGAACUGGAAAGGGGCAAAAAUUUAGAUUACUGGAACGAUAUAACGGUGAUUGUGGAGGAUGAAUUGCAUAAGCUCAGAAAACUGGAACGAACGGAAUACGAAGUUGCUGUUGGUAGAAGAGAAGGAAUUCAUGAAUCAGUCGCCAAAGAUGUUACAACUAUCUUUAAGGGCAAAACUGCGACACAGUUGGAAGCUUUACAGUUGCAAAUUCAAGUAAAAAUUACGGGAAAGCCAGAAGGCGUCGAUAUUGGAUACUGGGAAAGCUUGUUGUCCCAACUGAAAGCUCAUAUGGCAAGGGCCCGACUUAGAGAUCGACAUCAAGAGAACUUGCGUAAAAAGCUGGAGGUUUUAAUCGCCGAACAAGGUGUGGCCAGAGCGGAGAACGAGGCUGAGAGCUUGCAAGCGCAGGAGAAUGAGUCUUUGAUUAAACAGGAUGAACCUUCCACGAGUACAGCAAUCGAGAAGAAUGAAAAUAAUCAAGAUGAUAAUCAGGAAACUAAUGCUGCCGAUGAUCUGUUAUUCGAAUCCUUUCGCGAAUAUGAAGCGGGCGGCUACUCGCCGAGUUAUAUACCUUAUUCGCAACUCGAGCCAGGUACGCUCGUCACACAGGAGGACGAGGACAGUCAGCGUCUGGAAUACGCGAGACAGCAGGUGCUCAGCACCGGCAGAAAAAUUCAGAAUGUACUAACCAGCGAGGAGCAAGCAAUGCACCGGGAGGCACGCAAAGGUAUGGGCUUAGAUGAAGCGGAAUUUAGCGUCGAAUCGUCACUGGAAGCGCAGAUUUAUCUCUGGUCCGACAAGUAUCGACCACGUAAGCCGCGUUACUUCAAUCGCGUACACACCGGCUUCGAGUGGAACAAGUACAAUCAAACGCACUACGACAUGGACAAUCCGCCGCCCAAGAUUGUACAAGGCUACAAGUUCAACAUCUUUUAUCCGGAUCUCAUCGACAAAAAUACUACCCCGGAAUACUUUCUGACACCUUGCGCCGACAAUAAGGACUUUGCUAUUCUGCGAUUUCACGCGGGCCCGCCUUAUGAGGACAUCGCAUUCAAGAUCGUCAAUCGGGAAUGGGAGUAUUCGUAUAAGCGCGGAUUCAGAUGUCAGUUUCAUAACAACAUCUUUCAGCUGUGGUUUCAUUUCAAGAGAUAUAGAUAUCGCCGUUAAUAUAAAAUAUAUGUAUCAUUAUUUAAUAUCUAUAAUUUUAUGUGAAUAAUAUCCAUAAUUUUAUGUGGGUGAAAACUUGUAUAUAUUGUAUAAUUUUAUGUGGAUGAAAACUUGUAUAUAUUGUAUCAUUUUUAUUAUAGUAAAACGCUAUAUGAUUA